GAUAUGGUAAAGGUGGACAAGGCCCGUUAUGAAACAGAAAUGAAAACCUAUAUCCCUCCUAAAGGGGAAACAAAAAAAGAAGUUCAAGGAUCCCAAUGCACCCAAGAGGCCUCCUUUGGCCUUUUCUUGUUCUGUUCUGAGUAUCACCCCAAAAUCAAAGGAGACAUCCCGGCCUAUCCAUUGGUGAUGUUGCAAAGAAGCCGGGAGAGAUGUGGAAUAACACUGCUGCAGAUGACAAGGAGCCUUAUGAAAAGAAGGUUGCAAAGCUGAAGGAAAAAUACAAAAAGGAUAUUACUGCAGACCGAGCUAAAGGAAAGCCUGAUGCAGUGAAAAAGGGAGUUGUCAAGGCUGAAAAAAGCAAGAAAAAGAAGGAAGAGGAGGAAGAGGAGGAAGAUGAAGAUGAUGGCGAGGAGGAAGAAGAUAGAGAAGAUGAAGAUGAUGAAGCAGAUGAUGAUGAUGGAUAAGUUGGUUCU